AGAUAAGUGAGGGAGGAGAGGAAACGAACCGUGCGGGCGAGCAGACAAAUGGAACGCGGCCUUAGCCGAGGCUCCCUCUCCCUCUCUCCUCCUCACCAGCGGCGUUUGUAGUUUUCAUCCUCACGGCGUCUCUCUGGAAAAGCAACAGCCGCCGUUACGGCUAAAAUACUACCGUUGACAAGAAGGGGCGAUAUAAAACCAUGAGCGUCGAGGCGUACGGGCCGAGCUCGCAGACUCUAACGUUCCUCGACACCGAGGAGGGCGAGCUGCUGGGAGCGGACACGCAGGGCUCCGAGUACGACUUCACCGACUUCACCCUGCCGAGCCAGAGCGGAGGCCAGACCCGCGGCCAGCCGGACAACCAGGUCACUACCGGCGACGAUGCUGUCAAGGGACGUUUGAUCCACUGUGUUGACGAAAAUGUUAAUGUCCCCGACGGCGGACUGCAGAACGGGGACACACCUGUCCUAAAAGCCGGUCAGCUGCUGGCAGAGUUGAACUUUGAGGAAGAUGAGGAGGACGCUUACUACACCAAAGAUCUACCUCUACAUGCCUGCAGUUACUGUGGUAUCCAUGAUCCAGCCUGUGUGGUCUACUGCAACACCAGCAAGAAAUGGUUUUGUAAUGGCCGCGGAAACACUUCUGGCAGCCACAUUGUGAACCACCUGGUGCGCGCAAAGUCCAAGGAGGUAACCUUGCAUAAAGAUGGCCCUCUGGGGGAAACGGUACUGGAGUGUUACAACUGUGGCUGUCGCAAUGUCUUCCUUCUGGGCUUCAUCCCUGCCAAAGCAGACUCAGUGGUGGUACUACUGUGCAGGCAGCCAUGUGCCAGCCAGAGCAGCUUAAAGGACAUCAACUGGGACAGCUCGCAGUGGCAGCCUCUCAUCCAGGACCGUUGCUUCUUGUCCUGGCUGGUGAAAAUCCCUUCAGAGCAGGAGCAGCUGAGGGCUCGUCAGAUCACCGCCCAGCAGAUCAACAAGCUGGAGGAACUGUGGAAGGAAAAUCCCACUGCGCGCUUGGAGGACCUGGAGAAGCCUGGAGUGGAUGAGGAGCCCCAACAUGUGCUGCUCCGCUAUGAGGAUGCCUACCAGUACCAGAACAUCUUUGGUCCUCUCGUGAAGCUGGAGGCUGACUAUGAUAAAAAACUUAAAGAGUCUCAGACUCAGGACAACAUCACUGUCAGAUGGGACCUGGGCCUGAAUAAAAAGAGGAUUGCUUAUUUCACUCUUCCCAAGACCGACUCAGACAUGCGACUGAUGCAGGGAGAUGAGAUUUGCCUGAGGUACAAAGGAGACCUGGCCCCUCCAUGGAAAGGCAUUGGACACGUCAUCAAAGUCCCUGAUAACUAUGGGGAUGAAAUUGCCAUCGAGCUGAGGAGCAGUGCCGGCGCUCCGGUGGAGAUUCCACACAAUUUCCAGGUCGACUUUGUGUGGAAAUCCACUUCCUUUGACAGGAUGCAAAGUGCCCUGAAGACGUUUGCUGUGGAUGAAACUUCAGUGUCUGGUUACAUUUACCACAAGCUGCUGGGACAUGAGGUAGAAGAUGUGGUCAUCAAGUGUCAGCUGCCCAAACGCUUCACUGCUCAAGGCCUGCCCGACCUUAACCACUCACAGGUGUACGCCGUGAAGACCGUGCUGCAGCGUCCUCUCAGUCUGAUCCAGGGUCCUCCUGGCACGGGGAAGACGGUAACCUCGGCAACCGUCGUCUACCACCUGGCCAGACAGGGCAACGGGCCAGUGCUGGUGUGCGCUCCCAGUAACAUUGCUGUCGACCAGCUGACGGAGAAGAUCCAUCAGACCGGCCUCAAGGUUGUGAGGCUGUGUGCCAAGAGCAGGGAGGCUAUCGACUCGCCUGUGUCCUUCCUGGCUCUGCACAACCAGACCCGUAACAUGGAGAGUAUGCCAGAACUUCAGAAGCUCCAACAGCUGAAGGACGAGGCUGGAGAGCUGUCCUCCUCUGACGAGAAGCGAUACAGAGCUCUGAGGCGCACUGCAGAGAGGGAGCUGCUUGUGAACGCCGACGUGAUCUGCUGUACCUGCGUCGGGGCAGGGGAUCCUCGUCUGGCCAAGAUGCAGUUCCGCUCGAUCCUGAUUGAUGAGAGCACCCAGGCCACUGAACCCGAGUGCAUGGUGCCUGUGGUCCUGGGGGCCAAACAGUUGAUUCUGGUAGGUGAUCACUGCCAGCUCGGCCCUGUGGUGAUGUGUAAGAAGGCCGCCAAAGCAGGUCUGUCCCAGUCUCUGUUUGAGCGUCUGGUAGUUUUGGGCAUCCGGCCAAUCCGCCUGCAGGUCCAGUACCGCAUGCAUCCCGCCCUCAGCGCCUUCCCCUCCAACAUCUUCUACGAGGGCUCUCUGCAGAAUGGAGUCACUGCUGCGGACCGUGUGAAGAAGGGAUUUGACUUCCAGUGGCCGCAGCCUGACAAGCCCAUGUUCUUCUAUGUCACCCAAGGUCAAGAGGAAAUAGCCAGCUCUGGAACAUCUUAUCUCAACAGGACUGAGGCUGCCAAUGUGGAGAAAAUAACCACAAGGUUGCUGAAAGCUGGAGCAAAACCCGACCAGAUUGGCAUCAUUACACCCUACGAGGGACAGAGGUCCUACCUGGUUCAGUACAUGCAGUUCAGUGGCUCCCUCCAUACCAAACUCUACCAGGAGGUGGAAAUAGCCAGCGUGGACGCCUUUCAAGGCAGAGAGAAAGACUUUAUUAUUCUGUCCUGUGUGAGGGCCAAUGAGCACCAGGGCAUCGGCUUCCUCAAUGAUCCCAGACGUCUCAACGUGGCGCUCACCAGAGCCAGGUAUGGUGUGAUUAUUGUGGGAAACCCCAAGGCUCUGUCCAAGCAGCCACUGUGGAACCACCUGUUGAACUACUACAAGGAGCAGAAGGUCCUGGUUGAAGGGCCCCUUAACAAUCUGAGGGAGAGUCUCAUGCAAUUCAGCAAGCCCCGCAAGCUUGUCAACACCAUCAACCCUGGGGGGCGAUUUAUGAGCACAGCCAUGUACGAUGCCCGGGAAGCCCUCAUUCCUGGAUCUGCUUACGACCGCAGCAGUAACGGACGUUCGUCCAACAUGUAUUUCCAGACCCACGACCAGAUCGGAAUGAUCGGCACAGGCCCCAGUCCCAUGACUUCCCUGAACAUCCCCAUCCCCUUCAACCUUGUGAUGCCCCCCAUCCCUCCACCGGGGUACAUAGGACAGGUCAAUGGGCCCUCAGCAGGCCGCGGUGGAGGAAUGAAAAGCAAGGCGGGCAGUGGAGGAGGAGGCACUCGAGGUGGUCGCCAAAGAAACCGUGGCAACAUGGGACACCACAGUGGAGGAAACGGAGGAGCCGACCGGCAUGGAGGCCGCAUGAGUGGCAGUCAGGCCAGCCAGGAUCUGGGCUCUCAGCCCUUCUCCCAGGGACCUCUGACGCAGGGCUACAUCAACAUGAGCCAGCCGUCCCAGAUGAGCCAGCAGGGACUCUCCCAGCCUGAACUUUCACAGGACAGUUACCUCGGAGAUGAGUUCAAGUCCCAGAUUGACGUGGCUUUGUCCCAGGACUCCACCUACCAGGGGGAGCGGGCCUACCAACACGGUGUGACUGGACUGUCUCAGUACUAGACUGUUGCUGGAAAGGAGCUAGGCCUGUGCGACGCUUAGUUCAAUGGCAUUUUAUUCUGGGUAGUAAGACAAAAAACAAACCGACAUGGAUACCCGUUUUCCACUGCUACACCCGAAGCACUACUGUGUGAAAGUAACAGGAGAGAGACCGUGCGAAACCAACCAAUCACACGAGGGAGAGCAACAGGGGGAGCAGAGCCGGACAGGAAGACAGCAAGAGACGGGAGAGUGUCGGGCUGGUGGAGGAGAGGAGGCUCUGCUGCUCACAUGCGACAACGUGGAGAAAGAAGAAAGCCGCCGCCGUCGGAGCGACGCAGUCGGAAGGCGAGACCUUGGACAGGUCGAGGAGGGCGGAAGGUCCGAACCAUUCUGGAGGAGACGGGGGGGAAUGGGGGGCUGCUGUGUCACCUUGUCCAACAUGCGCCCCCGAACCCUCUGGCAUCUCCAAGAGGUACUAUCGUGAAUCCUGCUCCCAAGGCUGAGAAAGAUGUCUGGCACAUACGCCCUACAAGCUUACUCGACGGGACGUCUUCUGUGACUCGGAAACGAUAGGGGACACAACUCUUGAAGUGGUCCAUGUGGCAACUAUUAAAUUCAAAGGCUUGAAUUGAGGCAGUGCAUUUGGUGGCGUCCAGGAGAGGAGAGUGUGACAACACUGUGUUACACUGUGUGGCUAUUCAAGUGAACUGAAAAGUGCUCGUGUUGCCUCAAGGAGAUCGAGUGAUAGAUGAAGAUUGCAAAGCCACGGAUCAUCAUUCAAGUUUUGAGCCUGAAGGUUUUCUGAAUGCAGGCUGUUUUUAUUUAGGUAGUACUCAGUGAUGCAAGCUAGAGUAGUUGGCCGUCUUCCAAGGUGGUCGGGAAGGAACAAGUGGGGAAUUGGAUUUAAAAAACACAUAACAUCUUUCUCUCCAGAUUGAGGAGGUGAGCUCCAGGUGUUAAUCCCUGCUGACCCUAAAGCCACUGAGGCUAGCAGACGGCUAAAUGCAUCAAAUAAGCCAAAUCAAUAAGUCACCUAUUUACAAAGUUAAAAAAAAAAACCUGCAUACAUGCUAUUAUUUAUGUGCAGGUUAAAGACCUGAUAAUCACUGUUGGAGUGAUUUAAGAAAUCACUUUUAUAAAAUAUAAGAAAGUCACAUGAUUACAUCUUAAAACAUGAUGACCCAAAUCAAAUAUUUAUUUAUUUACUGUUUUGGACCUUUUGCAAAGCGUUCAACUUCUAUAAAAUUGCAUUACGUUGUGUGUGUAAGUUCUUAUUUCACAUGUUGGGACACUGGUGAUGUUUCCGAGCUUGUUCUUAUAAGUAUUUGAUUUACGGAUGUAUAUUAAUGGCAUAAAAAUUGACAACGCUGAAACAAUCCCUGGCAUGAAUGUAGACGAGUUACUUUACGUUCCACCUGGAGCUGGUUUGAAUGAGCUUUACAUCCCGUCAUGAAUCCGCGUACAGAGCACUCGCUCAACAAAAAGGUGUCACGGGGAUUACAAAAAGUGUCCAGUAAUGAAUUAGUAAACAAUGGAGGGGGGUAUUUGCCGCUUUCAGCUGUGCAGAUGGUGGAUUUUUCUGCCUUUGACAUAAAAUAACUUUUCCAUGAAUCUUUCUGCAGAGGAGUAUCAUAGCAUCACCAUUACUAUGUCUUUUGAAGAAUAAUACCAAUAAAUGACUGCGUCCUUGUUUAACACACAGUAGCUUGUGCGUGUCCUGUGUAAGAUUGUCACUUUUCUUCGCUGUGUUUUCCAAUCCUACAUUUUUGCUUUGAAAGUUUUUGAGUUGUUGCUGUGUAGAAGUAAAGUGAAGGAGUUUUGUGUGCUCUCUAAAAGUAUCCUGUCCAUUAUCGUGUGAAAUUAAACGUUGCUUCUUUUAUUGA